CAGUCUGCACUCCAGUCCUUAGCAAAAUCCUGCUGCCUCCGCCUCCCUCUCUUCGGUGCUGGGUGUGCCCCACUACUCCCUCGUCUCCCCUGUGGCUUCAGCAGGAGGCCUCCAGACUGCUGUUGUAUCAGAUCCCUCCUGGCUUACUGGGCUCUGUUUAGUGACAAGGACCCCGAGCUUGGGUAUCAGCGUAUUGUUGAGCUCUUUUGAUAGUAUUCGUGUCCCUUGCCCCAAAGAUCACAGAGUCCCUGAGUGGGGCCUUUCAGUGGAAAGACAAAGAAUGAUUAGGUAGUUAUCCCUUCGGUGCCUGGAUUCAUGGAGUGUCUGAGCAGGCCAAAACUGAGCUGGAAGAACACAUGCUUUUGGGUGGGAAGGGAUGCUUCCCUUGGUAGUUUUCAGCUCUUAUUCCCUCCAGGGCCCCGUCAGGGAGCGGGGCAGGGUCGGUGACCAGAAUAGACCUCCUCUCUGUGCAAAGCUAGGCUCACUGAUUGACUCUGAUGUGGGUGGUUAUGGGUCUUACCUCUGGGGACUGGGAAGGAUAUUUGUGCCCCUGCCAUGUUCUCUGGGCUGUGACCUGUGUCCUUCCUACCCAGUAGGCCGAGUGUCUCGCACCCUGGCUAUGUGUAGCUCUGAGGAGGCAGACCUGCUCCGGCUGGAGGAGGUCUUCUCAACAAGUCUUGCUCGAACCAUCAGUCUCGUCCUGCAGCCUCUGCUCUCAGCUGACCCGGAACCCUCAGAUCCCUGCGGCAAAGAGUGCCUUCGGCUUCUGCAGCAGCUGCAUGAGAGUGCUCAGCGGUUGUGGGAGGUGACAGAGCAGAGCCUGCUUUCGCUGCGGCAGAGGCUAUACCACCCACCUUCCAUGGGUCUGGAGGCCAUACUGUUACUGAGCAAUGCUGAGCUUGUCCUACAGGCCCACAUGGAGUACAUCAAGUCCUAUACUGACUGCGUUGUGGUGCAAGCCUUUCAGAAGGUCUCAAAGAAGAGGAGUGAGUUCUGGAGGAGUCAGCGAAAGGCACUGCGGCAGCUACUGUCCUCUGGGAGCUCUGAGGGCUCCGUGGGCACCACGCUGUGCCAGGCCCUCCGCCAGCCACUCACCCAGCACGUGCAGAAAUAUGUGCUCCUCCUGCUGAGCCUCAGGGACACCCUUGAUGAGAGCCACCCAGCCCAGAAGCUGGUGUUGCAUGCAGUUUCCCUGUUUGGAAACCUGCAGUCCUUCGUGAGGCAGGCCUUGGACCAAGCUGUGGCCACACAGGCCCUGUGGCACAGCGUCAGCAGCAGGCUCAGGGAUGUACUCUGCACCCCUACUCACCGACUCUUGCAGGACAGCCAGGACAUCCCCGUGGUGGUCUCCCCACUGCGGGCUGAGCGAGUGCUGCUCUUUGACGAUGCCCUUGUCCUGCUGCAGGGCCACAGUGUCCACACUUUUGACCUGAAAUUAGUGUGGGUGGAUCCCGGCCAGGACAAAUGUGUGCUCCACAUCCUCACGCCUGAAGAAGAGUUCUCCUUUUGCACCAGAGACGCCCAGGGCCAGGUUGUCUGGCACUGGAAGGUGACCCAGGCUGUGUGCCAGGCCCUAUGUGGCAAGAAGGACUUCCCUGUGCUGGGAUCAGGCCGGGAGCCGUCUGUGCCUCCUGAAAGUCGCUGUGUGGCCUACACUUUCCGCCGCGAAGGCCGGCUCUCCCAGGCUACCUACGAAGGCGAGUGGUGUCGAGCCAAGCCCCACGGCAAGGGAACCCUGAAGUGGCCAGAUGGACGGAACCACGUGGGGGAUUUCUACCAGGGCCUGGAGCACGGCUUUGGCAUCUGCCUGGUGCCCCAGGCCUCUGAGGACAAGUUUGACUGUUACAAGUGCCACUGGCGGGAAGGCAGGAUGUGUGAGUACGGCAUCUGUGAGUAUGGCACUGAUGAGGUGUACAAGGGCUAUUUUCAGGCCGGUCUGCGGCACGGGUUUGGCAUCCUCGACAGUGCCCGGCAGGCCUCCCAGCCCUUCAGGUACACGGGCCACUGGGAGAGAGGCCAGAGGAGUGGCUACGGCAUUGAGGAGGACAGGGACAGGGGCGAGCGCUACAUUGGCAUGUGGCAGGCUGACCAGCGUCAUGGCCCCGGGGUCGUGGUCACCCAGGCAGGCGUCUGCUAUCAGGGCACAUUCCAAGGGGACAAGAUGGCCGGCCCAGGCAUCCUGCUAUGCGAGGAUGACUCUCUGUAUGAAGGAACUUUCACCAGGGACCUGACGCUCCUAGGGAAGGGCAAGAUCACCUUCCCCAAUGGCUUCACCUUGGAUGGUUCUUUCAGCAGUGGGACAGAUAACGGACUGUACACACAGGGAGUGCUGGACACAGCUGCCCUCCCACCCGACCCAAGCAGUACACGCAAGAGACAGCUGGGACAGGGCGCCUUCCCUGUGGAGAGCCGCUGGCAGGGAGUCUACAGCCCCUUUCGGGACUUCGUGCGUUUAGGCUGUCCUGGGGAGCUGCAGGAAGCCCUCCUGGGCUUCCAUGUGCAGAGCUCCAGGGAGCUACGCAAGUCCCAGGAGUACCUGUGUUGUGAGAGGAGCCACCCCGAGGACUGUGUGGGCAGCAUGGAAGAUACCCUGAAGGAGCUGCUGCAGCACCGCAAGCCCAAGGCCCUGCAGCAGUACCUCAGGAAGGCUCUGAGCAAUUCCCGACACCCUCUGGGGAAGUUGCUCGGCACCCUGAUGCUGACCUUCCAGGCCACGUAUUCAGGCAUUGGGGCCAACAAACACCUGCAGGAGAUGGCCCAGGAGGAGGUGAAGCAACAUGCCCAUGAGCUUUGGGCUGCGUACAGGGGCCUGCUGAAGGUUGCCUUACGGCGCCAGGGCCAGACCCUGGAGGAGGAGAGCAUGGAGACAAGGAACCUGCAGGUACACGGGUUGCUCUUGCCCCUCAUCCUGCCCAGCUUCUACUCAGAGCUCUUCACACUGUACCUGCUUCUCCAUGAGAGAGAGGAUGGGCUGUACAGCCGGGGCAUCGCCAACCUCAGCCUGUUCCCUGACACCAAGCUGCUGGAGUUCCUGGAUGUGCAGAAGCAUUUGUGGCCCCUCAAGGACCUCAAGCUGACAAGCAAUCAGAGAUAUUCUCUGGUCCGGGACAAGUGUUUCCUGUCGGCCACUGAGUGUCUGCAGAAGAUCAUCACCACCGUGCACCCGAGGGAAAAGCUGGAAGUGCUUGAGAAGACCUAUGGCGAGAUUGAGGCCACGGUGUCACGGGUGCUGGGCCGCGAAUACAAACUGCCCAUGGAUGACCUGUUGCCGCUGCUUAUCUACGUGGUGUCCCGAGCUCGAAUUCAGCAUCUGGGAGCUGAGAUCCACCUGAUCCGUGACAUGAUGGAUCCCGUCCACACAGGUGGCCUCCAUGACUUCCUGCUCACAGCUUUAGAGUCCUGUUAUGAGCACAUCCAGAAGGAAGAUAUGAGGCUGCACCAUCUGCCCGGCCAGUGGGAUGCUAGAGAACUCUGGUGACGCGGCCACUCUGGACCAAAUGCCUACCGUGGACUUUUGUGAAGCAAGCACUACCCACAUGCUCCCCACUGCCUUGAUGGAGGCAGGCUGUAGAGAUGGUUCUCCAAGGAAACGGUGUUUUGCUUCCUAUAGGGACACACCAACUGCUGCAGUGUGACCCCAGAGUUCAUGGCUCUCCUUUGGCCUCUGGGCUGGGCUCUGAUAACCCUUUCCUCAGAAUUAGCACCAUCUCGGGUGAGGAGCCCUGGCUGCACUUGGCCUCAGCCCUUACCUCUGCAGCCAUCAGUCUUGGGGCCGCGUGCUGCAUGAUGGUCUCCAUCAUUCUUCCAGUCCAGUUCAUGCCAGCCCUUCUCAAGAUCUGGCUUUGUUCAGUUCUUUGGACUGAACUGGAAAUUCUCACGUCAGAGUUCAUCUCAUUUACUUUUCCCUCCUCUUCAGCUGGGACUCAGUCUUGAGCUGGCCUCUCAGUAGGACCUGAGGCAGGAAACCCUCAGGUCCACGCUGAGCUGCCCCACCCUCUGCAGAGGCCUGGGAUAUAAACACCAGCAGUCAUUCACCUGGCCUGGCUUGCCAGCAGACAUACCUGAAACACUCUCUGACCUCUCUGUGGGAGAGACAGCCGGGAUAACCAAGGCUUGCUAGCACCCCGACAGAUGAAGAUCUCUGGCUCAGGAACUUGCGUGAGUCUGGUAAUAGGCCAAGUUCUGGGUCACUGUUCCUGGCUCCGGGUAUGCUGCCCACCAAUUCAGCCUAUGUGGUAAGGGCAGAAGGAUCUGUUGAGAAAGGUAAUGCCCAAGGCCGUGGCUGAGGCCCUUGGGAGCCUCAGGGAGGGGCACCUUCAGAGCCUCUCAGAAAGUGUGGGGCCCUGCGUGAAGAGAGCUGGUGGUUCUCCUGCACUGCGAAACCCCAGAGAGAGCAAAGAGAAGCUUUCUCUGGCUGGGUCCACUGAGUAUCUCAUCACGAACAUAGGACUCGGCCUCCAGUUCUACCAGAAACUGGUGUCCCUAGGAAGAUCCUUGGAAGGGUUAAACUGAUGGAAGCUCCUCUCAAAGACAGCCCUAAGUGCCUGGGACACAGUUCAGCUGUGACAAAACUCUGCCACCCACCCUCCUGCCCCCAACACUAGCUGAGCUCGGGCCUCCCUCCGGUCUUUGUGGAGUCCUCGGGGUUUCUAUAAUGCCCCUGGUGGGUUCCAGGGGCAGCCAGGGCUGUGGCAGGCCCUUCAGGCAAAUUCCGUAUGUGAGGGGCAUGCAGGAAGGAAUCGAGUGGCAGUCAGCCAUCUGCAAGGGGAGGCCAAUGGGAAUGGGUUCACCUACAGCCAGAACAGAGCCAUCUCAGCGAUGACCUCUCCCGGAUGGAUUCGUCUAUGGGUAGAAACCAGCCUAGAACACCUCCCGGUUUAUGAUACAUGAGCCAUGCAAGAGGGCAGUCUGAGGAGUUCAUGGUUGUUACCGUCAAUACCCUAACUGCUUAGAUCCUGUGGGUAUAGCCAAGAAAUAAAAGAAUCAGGCUGGAUGUGACUCCACCUCACAGAACGUAGGCCUGGAGUCAGGAGGCAAGACUGAGAGAUGCGAUGCAGCUAGUCACAAACACCUUCACCUUUGCAAGGCCUUUUCUUUCCAAACCCUCCUGCCUCAUAAUGUUUUUUCCCCUCCCUACUUUUCUGGGCAGUCUACUUAUUUAUUCAGGAUUUUUAAUAAACCUGUUUCAUCUUUAUGUGUGUG